GGAGAGGCUGAUGGACCCCGAGCAGUUGUCAUUAUUAGCAGCAAAAUAGGAUAAAACAACGGGACAAAUGCAUGGUAUUUCUCAGAAUGUUUAUUUCUAAUUCAAUACUGAUUGCACUUAAUACAAAGAGACUCCUGUUUACCGGCAGUUGAGCAGUCGAUACGGGAAUGUGUUUUACCCUACCCCACCCUAAGUGUGCCUGUGUAUACAUGACCUCUGUGGGGUCGGCCUAGGGACUGACUAUUGAGUUACAGACCUCGUUUCAAAAAUGGUCGAGUGGGCUCCGAUAAAAAUUCCCAUCAAAAGACGAAUCCAGACCUUAGCGGUGAUGACUCUGGUCUACGCAUUUCUAUUUGGUCAUAUAUUUGGUACUUGUUUGCUCUUGUUGCUACUGCUGAAUCCCUACACCACCAUAUUUGCUAUUCUUUACAUCGGUUGGGCAUACAUCUUGAAUCCGCGAACUCCAAGCCGCGGAGGCCGGACUUUCGAGGCUGCAAGGAGGUGGAAAAUAUGGAAAUAUUACUGCGAUUACUUUCCUAUGUACCUGAUUAAGACUGCAGACUUAGACCCCAAGGACAACUACAUUUUCGCCUGUCAUCCGCACGGUAUCAUGGGUCUUGGUGCACUGGGAAAUUUCGGCGGGGAAGCAACUGGCUUCUCGGAAAAGUUUCCAGGGAUCCAUCCUCAUCUGUUGACUCUCACGAUGAAUUUCAGAUUCCCCUUCACAAGAGACUUCAGUAUGGCGUUCGGUGCUUGUUCAGUGGAUAAAGACAGUAUAGAGUACAUUCUGCAGAAAAUGGGUCCAGGUCAUUCGGCAGCCAUUGUGAUUGGUGGCGCUGCGGAGUCCUUGGAAGCAAGGCCAGAUAAUUUUAAAUUAACACUAAAGGAGAGGAAAGGAUUUGUCAAAGUUGCUCUACGCAAUGGGGCUUCUCUAGUGCCUGUAUUUUCCUUUGGAGAAAAUGACCUUUAUGACCAAGUGAGUAACCCACAUGGCUCUGCACUGCGUCAGUGGCAAACAAAGAUGAAAGAUCUGAUGGGCUUUGCACCUCCACUCUUUCGUGGACGUGGGGUGUUUCAGUACACAUUUGGCCUUCUUCCUCACAGACGACCCAUUCACACUGUCAUUGGUGCUCCAAUCAAAGUUGACAAAGUGAACAAUCCUUCACCAGAGGAGAUAGAGAAGUUCCAUUUGCAGUAUGUUAAAGCACUGGAAGAGCUGUUUGAAAAACACAAGAAGAACUAUGGAAUAUCUGAAGAUAAACAUUUGGAGAUCUGCUGAUCUAGCACAUCACUUGAGUUAAAAAAAUAUGACCAGUGUCCACACGAGUAUUAUCUUCACAGUAAUAUUUGCCUUUUAUUUUAGAAACUGGAAAACCAAGUAACAAGAUUAGAUGGUUGCUGAUUCUGAUUUUCUUAUUUUUAUUACACUUGCUUGAAAAGCAAUAGAACCU